AUGCACAGGGCCUUCCUUUCGCCCAAGCACUUCCAGUCGCAGCGCCCCACCGAGAGCCGCACUGAGCUCCUUCGGGCGCUGCACUAUGCCGAAGCGAUCAAGGUGGACCUCUUGGUCCUGGGCGGCGACCUCGUGAACUUCCCCUCCCAGGACUCCGUGGACGACCUCUACCCGGAGCUCGCGAGGCUGCAGGUGCCGUUCGUGUACACAGCUGGGAACCACGACUGGCAUUUGGAGCGGCUGGAGGAGUGGGAGGCCGCCUUCGACAGCCAGCGCGCGCGGAAUGAGGGCGCCGCCCUGCAGAAGCUCUACUCAGCCAGCGGGAAAGGCCUGGAGAAGGACUUCGCGGAUCCCCUCUUCGGCUGGGUGCGGCUCCCGUCGGGCCUGCGGGUGGUGUGUAUCGACAACUCCAACUUCCAAAUCGACGAAGCUCAGCUGCGGUCCUUCGAGCUCUUCUCGAAGCAAUCGGAUCCCUUCGUGCUGGUGCUGCACAUCCCCAUCUUCUUCCCCGCAAGCCCCGGUUGGGGCAUCAACGACCUCAUGGCGCACCCAGCUUGGGGCGCCCAAAGUGAUCAGAACAGCGACCUAGAGCAGCGGAAGCCGUGGCCGCAGAAGGCGCCCGAAGAGGUCCGCGCCUUCGUCGAGCUUGUCACCCGCGCUGCCCGGGACCGGAAGCUGCUGGCCAUCCUCACAGGCCAUGUGCACGAGGACGGCGCCGUGGCGGUGCCCUGUGGCCGGGAGAACUGCCCCGUGCAGUUCACCACCAGGGCCAACUUCGCGGGCGGGGCGCGGCUCCUGGUACUGCGCCUGCCCAGCGCAGGGUUUGUGCCUGCGGCUACAAAUCACGCCAGUGGGGUGAACCUGGCACAGGCGCCAGUGCUGGUGGUCUCCUUGCUGCUGCUGCCGCUGCUGCUUCUGCUUUCCUGGCGACUGAUGGAGCGCUGCCGAUCUCGAGAGUCGGAGUGCCCGGGAUCGGAGGGGGAGGCACGGCCCUGCGUCUUGGGCAACGAGGAUACGGAGACCGAGGAGAAUGACGAGAAGGCCCUGGAGUUGUGA